GUUGCAGGGGGUGCAGGGUUGGUGAUGAAGCUUAAAGUUCGUGUUUCUAGAAGACCGUUCCAAAUCGAUGGAUCUCACUACCAAUCGUUUGUUACUCUGCAGCGGGUCACUUGCCGAGAUUGUAGCUCCAACCAACCAAAACAGAAGCCGACACAAAAAUGCCACCCAAACCGCAACAUCAAUCAAAGGCAUUCGACGGACUGGCCCAAUAAGCGCGUCUACCAAUAUUGUUGCUUUUUCAAGCUGCAUGAAGAUCAAUGCAUUUGGAUUUUGAUCCAGCCCACUACCGUAAUUGCCCUUGCCCACACCACAAUCUGUCUGUCUUCUCUCCUGGCUUCUCGAUACGCGAAUGGGAAUUGAGAUUGUACCGGGGGAAGAUAUUUGCACGUCAUGAGUUCACCGUGCGACCGCUCAGCCUCGUGAAUACGCGUCUAUGAGAGAGGGAGAGAGAGACACACGAUGACAAAGAUACUAUGUGUGGCUGAAAAGCCGUCUAUCUCCAAGGCUGUCGCCGGUCACCUCUCCGGUGGCCAGUUCCAAACGCAUAAUACACGCGUUCAAUACAUCAAGAACUAUUCUUUUACUUAUGACUUUGGCCACCCGUGGGGUAACUGCGAGGUCACCAUGACCUGCGUUACCGGGCAUUUGACCGAGGUACAAUUUGGUCCCGACUUCAAGGACUGGAAUCGGCCUACGCCCGACCAUCUAUUCAGUGCUCCUCUGCACACUCAGGUUUCAAAUGACAAGAAAGCAAUAGCAGAAAACAUACGGCAUCAGGCGCAGUACGCCCGGGCUUUGUUCAUAUGGACAGAUUGCGACCGUGAAGGAGAACAUAUUGGUGGUGAAAUACGAGAAGAAGCCAGAAAAGGCAAGCCUGGUAUCGAGGUCAAACGAGCGAGAUUCAGCAACAUCGAGCGGGCGCACAUAUUGCAAGCUGCCAGAAACCCCGUCAACCUGGAUGACAUGCAGGUUGCUGCUGUAGCAGCGCGCAUAGAGCUGGAUCUCCGGAUAGGUUAUGCAUUUACCAGGUUUCUUACCAUCAACCUGCGAUCUCUCAACGGUCCGCUAAAAGACCUCGUGUUGAGUUACGGAUCAUGUCAGUUCCCUACUCUUGGCUUCGUGGUUGACCGGUACUUUCGCGUCAAGAAUUUUGUACCCGAGACUUUCUGGAGCAUCAAGCUGAGCAUCAAGAAGGAUGGAAAGACCGGAAACUUCACCUGGACCAGGGGUCGCCUUUUUGAUCGAGCGUCUGUAGUCAUUCUCUAUGAACGAUGCAUCGAGGCCAAGACUGCAACCGUCAUCAAAGUACAGGAGAAGCCGACGAGAAAAUGGAAGCCGCUACCUUUGACCACAGUCGAGUUGCAAAAGAUGGCCACAAAGUUCAUACGUAUAAGCGGUCAGCAAACUAUGGAAAUCGCCGAGAAACUUUACCAAAAGGGUUUCAUCAGCUACCCCAGAACCGAGACAGAUCGCUUUGACAAAGGUAUGAAUCUGCGGACCCUGGUGCAAAAGCAGACUCAAGACGGCAGAUGGGGUCCUUUUGCUCAGGGACUGGUUGAUGGCGGGUUCCAACAGCCUCGCAACGGCCGUCACGAUGACAAAGCGCAUCCUCCAAUCCAUCCAAUCACGUAUGCCACCGGCGCUGCUCUCAGCGAAAUCGGGGCGGAAGCAGGAAGGGUGUACGAACUCAUAGUGCGUCGGUUCCUUGCGUGUUGCUCAGAAGACGCUCAAGGCAUGGCUACAGAUAUUGAUGUGACCUAUGGGCCGGAGACAUUCCACGCGCAUGGUGUUGUCGUCAUCGAGAGGAACUAUCUUGACGUCUACCCUUACGAAAACUGGAACAACUCAGCGGAGCUACCCCGGCUUACCGUAGGCGAGCAGAUCAGCCCGACAGAGGCGAUGAUGACUGAAGGCAAAACACAGGCGCCAAGCUAUCUUACUGAGGCUGACCUUAUUGCUCUCAUGGAUGCUAAUGGGAUUGGGACUGAUGCCACGAUGGCAGAGCAUAUUCAAACCAUACAAACGAGACAGUACGCACGCACGACUGAAGUGCCAGGACGGAAUGCUCAACCUGGCCAUGGAGCCGUUGAAGAGGACGACGUGGCCGCACCAGCCGGAAGAGGAGGACGGGGAGGACGGGGUCGAGGCCGAGGUCGUGGUGGCACACGAGGAGGAAGAGGGGGCGGUGCAACCAGCAGUGGCAGCCGUGGUGGUGUGAAGGUCUUUGUCCCAACACAACUUGGUGUGGCACUCAUUGAGGGGUUUGACCGAAUGAACUUCGAGAUGAGCCUUGGCAAGCCAUUCCUCAGACGAGAGAUGGAGGCCAACAUGAAAGCAAUCUGCGAAGGCCGUGCAACAAAGGACGGGGUUCUCGAAGAGAGUAUACGGCAGUAUCGUCACGUCUACAACCUAUCGGCUGAGAAUCUCCACGUUUUGCGACAGGCUUGCAGACAAUAUCUGUUCAAUUAACAUUUAGGUAAUGUGUCCCGAUGGCGGGGUAAGCAGGCGGCGGUUGUGUUACGCAGCAGCAAGUCACGGAGAAUGGACAUAUUUGCACAAGCCGAGCUUGUACCCGAGACUCCGAAUGCGGAUAUGGUAUUCAUUCAUGUGCAGGCAUCAUUGGUGAUGGUGAAGUCGUCGCGUCAAUUAGGGCUUCUGCCCCCGCCAAGUUUAUCGUGAGUUUGUUGUCAAUCGCCUGUCAUGGUUUUUGCUCGUGCUUGAAGCAUGGAGAAUCGUUGGUAGUCCCCAUGUUUCCCAUCCUGCCGUCAGUACGACAUUAUUCCUUGCAACAAGGAACAUUGGCUUCUGGAGUGGCUAUGCGAUGCUGCUGAUGAUGAUACCGUGCAUAUGUUUGUGGACCUUGCCAGAACUCCACGGCUCCGCAGUUGUAGCUUUGUUGUCAAAACUCUUUUCUUUGUGUCUUGUGUGUCUUGUUCCCAGUAGAGAACGGGGCUGUGGUAUUAUUCAAAGAGACUUUUUUUUGUGGCGUUGAGGGGAGAAUUCACAGCCAGUCACUGGACGGCGUGAUGGUCACGACUACCUAAUGGAUGACAAACAAGUCCCGUUUUGAGGCAGAGGAUCCCAG